GAGCAGGCGGCGGGGGCUGGGAUUGAGUGAUGCAACCCAUGGAAGGCUGGCUGAGAGCAGCAGCCGCCCGGAUACAUUUGUGAGGCGUACCACGCAGACCGGACGGAACGGGCCGCUGCCGAGCAACCAUCAUGCGGCAGGCGCUGGUGGACGACACCGAGGACGUGUCCCUGGAUUUCGGUGCCGAGGAGGAGGACCUGGCUCUGAGGAAGAACAGGAUCAGACAUCCACUUGCUACAUUUUUUCAUCUUUUCUUUCGUGUAAGUGCCAUCAUUACUUACCUCUUCUGUGACUGGUUUAGCAGAAGCUUUAUUGCCUGCUUUGUGACAGUACUCCUCCUCUUGUCCUGUGAUUUCUGGUCAGUGAAGAAUGUAACUGGAAGGCUUUUGGUCGGUUUGCGUUGGUGGAACCAGAUUGAUGAAGAUGGAAAAAGCCAUUGGCUCUUUGAAGCAAGAAAGACUACCGCAAAGAAUAGAGCUACAUCAACAGAGGCAGAGGCUCAGAUCUUCUGGCUUGGGCUAAUUGUCUGUCCACUGAUUUGGACGGUGUUUCUUUUUAGUACUUUGUUCUCCUUGAAGCUGAAGUGGCUGGCUUUGGUAAUAGCAGGACUUUCCUUGCAAGCAGCUAAUCUGUAUGGAUAUAUCCGCUGCAAACUUGGAGGCACCAAGAGUAUCACAAGAGCCGCAUCAACAUAUCUAGGCCAACAACUCUUCCAGAGGACAUCUUGGAACACCAGCAAUGAGAAAAGAAAAUACUUCAGUUAAGUUUGUCGGUGGUGAAGGUCUGCGAGUAUUGCUUCAACCAAGUGGAUUUACUUUUAAUCAGCUGCCAUUACAUAUAUUGUGAAUAGAACUGUAAUCGGUGGAUGUCAUUAAUAUAGAUGUCAGAUCAAGAUAGUUUAAUUAUGUUAUAAACUUUGGAAAAUAUUUUGUUCUGAAAGUGCAGUGCCUUGCUUACAGUUGAAGUUAACAAAUACACUGUAAUAAAUUAAUCCUUUACAUGA